AACUUGAUCCGAGGGCCCACAAUGAGUAGAUGAAACGACCGGGUAUGAAACAUCGAGAAUACCUGAAGUGAACCUCACUCCUCCGCAAUAUAAACCCCUUCAUCGAAACUCCUUUUGGCAUUUCCCGGUAUUUCAACUUACGCCAGGAGAAUCGCAGGGUUUUGCAAAGCUUCGAAGAUUCUUUCAUGGCGUCAAAGCGUAUCCUCAAGGAACUGAAGGAUCUUCAGAAAGAUCCUCCUACUUCAUGCAGUGCUGGCCCAGUUGGUGAAGACAUGUUCCAUUGGCAGGCAACAAUUAUGGGCCCUGCUGACAGUCCUUAUGCUGGAGGGGUCUUCCUCGUGAACAUUCAUUUUCCUCCAGAUUAUCCAUUCAAACCACCAAAGGUAGCAUUCAAGACCAAGGUAUAUCAUCCUAAUAUAAACAGCAAUGGCAGUAUUUGUCUUGAUAUAUUGAAGGAGCAAUGGAGCCCUGCUCUAACCAUUUCCAAGGUACUGCUCUCAAUUUGCUCUCUGUUGACUGACCCAAACCCCGAUGAUCCUUUGGUGCCCGAGAUUGCUCAUAUGUACAAGGCGGACAAAGCCAAGUAUGAGACUACUGCCAGGAGCUGGACACAGAAGUAUGCAAUGGGUUAGUACUGCAUAAGAGUGACGACGUGGAACUUUUUAAUGUAUGAAUAUAUUUAAAAAAGAAUGAUUCUGGAGACUCUUUGGAUGUUCGAAACUGUGGACGGUUAUGGCUGUAGCAUCAAUCUAUCUAUUAUUAUCAGUAUUAUAUGUGUUUUCAAGAUUUA